AUACGUGAGACCAAACUCGCUGGCAGACGCUAACCAGUCCACAUUCACAGAGAGACAGCGAGAGAAUGGCCGAGGCCACACCUCCCAAGGUGCCCCAUCUCUUGCUACUCCUGCUGUGCAUCUCCGCCGGAGAGGUCACAUCCGCCGCCUCCUCAUCCACUGAUUUCAUCCGCUCCUCCUGCCGCACCACCACGUACCCGGCUCUCUGCAUCAAGUGCCUCUCAGCCUACGCCCCCUCGGUCCGCCGCAGUCCCCGGGAGCUGGCGCGGGCCGCCCUCACCGUCAGCGCUGACCGGGCCCGGUCCGCCUCCGCCUACGUGGCCCGGCUUUCGGCCGGCGGGAGCAAGGCCAUCAAGGCCCGGGAGGCCGGCGCCGUCCGGGACUGCCUCGAGAACAUGGCCGACAGCGUGGACCGGCUCCGGCAGUCGGCCCAGGAGCUGGGCCGGCUCGGCCGGGCUGGAUCGGCCGGGUUCAUGUGGCACCUGAACAACGUCCAGACCUGGUGCAGCGCCGCCCUCACCGACGAGAACACCUGCCUGGAUAGCUUGUCCCAGAGCGGCUCCGGCAGUACAAGGGAGGCCAUCCGGAAGAAGGUGGUCGAGGUGGCCCAGCUCACCAGCAAUGCUCUCGCCCUCGUGAACCGGAUCGGCCCGAAGUACUGAACCGGCUCCGUCGGAAUGUGCCUCUCCAACUAUGAUCUCCCGUGAUACCUGCUGUCUUCUUGUGUUUUUGUUUCUACUUGCUUAAUACUUCCCGUUUCAGUUAGAAUGAGUGUGUUGAGGUGGUAGUGGAGUGUAAAUUAUAUACUUUAAAAGUUGUAUAUCAUCAACAUUAUGCUUUUAGGUUCUGAAGUUGAACGAAAAGAUGGUCUCUCUCUC